AUGAAGUUGCCUGAUCUUGGCGUGUUUAAAGGUACAGAAGCGGAACCCUCUCCAGAAGAAUCCAGUUCACUUCUUCUUCUUAUUCUCCUCCAACUGCUCUUCAGAAGAAAUGAAGCGACCCAAGGAACCGGACAAAUCUCCCUUCCCGACGUCUUCAACCACUUGCCAUUUCGAUCUGUCUCUCUCUCAAAAUUCACACUUGCCACCGAUCCGACAGAUCGAAAGGGAUCGAACACUGAUGAGCAUGAACAAACGACGGCCCGUCCAGAAGAUGAAGGGUCUCCAGAUGACUUCGCUGGACAGGCACCAAUCUCUACCCAAUGUGGAGGACUCUGA